CCCACAUUCUCUCGCUCUCUCUCUCUCUCUCUCUCUCUCUCCCUCUCUCUCUCUCUCUCAUCAACAAUGGCGACCUCAUCGUCAAGAACCAGAUCCAGCGGACCGGUUCUACGCUCGCUCUCACCCUCCGGCAGAUUUUAUUCUCCCAACACAUCAAACUCUGUUUUUUCUUCGUCCUCUUCAGCAUUUGCUUCCUCUACGAGCUCCAGUUUCUCUUCCCCGUCAACAGCUUUCUUCCACCAUGACCCUCACGGCCAUCAUUACCACCACCACCACCACCACUCCCACAAUCAUCAGCGAUCAGCCUCUCCUACCCGGGUCAACCUCUUUACCACCGCUUCCCUCUCCCCAUCCGUUCGUUUCUCCAUCGACCACCGCUCUAUUUCCCCCAACCGCAAUCAGGUCAUCAAGAGCCACCACAGCCCCAUGUCGAUCUCCAAGAAGACGUGUAUGUGUUCACCGACGACGCAUCCAGGUUCUUUUCGCUGUAGUCUUCACAAAAACAUGGCAAACGGUAGCGGAAGCCAUCAUGCGGGCUCGUAUCCCACCAAUCGGCUGAACAUGCGCAGAUCGGCUAUGAAGAACUCGCUGGUUAGGAUCGGAGGCGUGGAAGGAGAGUGGGUUAAGAGGGCGCUGACCGCUCUGAUCCGUCCCUCUUCGCAUCAAUUAAGGAGAAGGGCCGCUUUCCAGCCCGCGCCGAGCCGGCUCUCGAUCAUGUCCAAGGCGGAAGAUCUAAUUCCGGCUAGGAAGCCGGAAUCGAUCCAGGAGAUUCUCAACAGAGUCGUCAGCGGCGAGUUUGCCUCCCAUCCCCCCUUCUACAUUUACUUCUUUCUCGUACAGAUUAAUUGGUUUGUAAGAAAUACCCUGGGCACGAUCGAUCCCACUAUGCGUUCCUUUGCGUCCCUGAAAAUAUCCGCACCACCAUCCCUCCAUCAACUCGCCCUGAUUCAAACGCUUGGAUUUCGUCGAUUCUCUCAAUCCGCACCUUCAUCCUCUUCCCAGAUCGAUGCCUCAAUCCCCGAUACCAAGAGCCCUCUUCUCGGCUCCUUUCUGAAAUGGGCUUCGGGGAUCACCGUUGGCUCUGGCCUAGCACUUCUUUGCUGGUCCUCUACUCCCGCUCCUUCUCCCGAUUCCAAUUUCGCUCUUUUCAAGAAGCCCUUGUUGUCUUUCGCUGACUCGUCAACGGCCACUGCUGAAUCUACGGUUUCUGCAUUUCGCAAAUUAGCCUUACCUGAAAGCUCAUACUACCUCUUUGGAGAUGCAUUUAGGAGAAAGAUUUUCUUCAACUAUGAGAAGCGCUUAAGGUUGCGGAGUCCUCCUGAAAAGGUUUUUGAGUACUUUGCAUCUUUUCGGUCAGCGGAAGGAGAAUUAUUUAUGAAACCAGCUGACCUAAUGCGGGCAGUUGUUCCUGUCUUCCCUCCAUCUGAAUCCAACCUUGUCAGAGAAGGAUAUUUGAAAGGGGAAAGGAGUCCUGGAGAGUUACAUUGUGAUACUUCAGAUUUUUUUAUGCUUUUUGAUGUGGACAAUGAUGGACUCAUAUCUUUUAAAGAGUAUAUCUUUUUUGUGACACUACUCAGCAUCCCAGAAUCAAGCUUUUCUGUGGCAUUCAAAAUGUUUGACAUUGACAAUAAUGGAGAGAUAGAUAAGGAAGAAUUCAAGAAAGUUAUGGCUAUGAUGCGAUCUCAUAACAGACAAGGGGCUCAACACAGGGAUGGGCUUCGAACUGGGUUAAAAUUCAAUGGUUCAGUAGAAAAUGGAGGCCUGGUGGAGUAUUUCUUUGGUAAACAUGGAAAGGAACGACUCCAACAUGAUAAGUUUUACCAAUUUUUGCGAGAUUUUCAUGAUGAAAUUCUGAGAUUGGAGUUUGCUCAUUAUGACUACAAAUUACGGGGAACUAUAUCAGCUAAGGACUUUGCAUUGUCCAUGGUUGCUUCUGCCGACUUGAGUCAUAUAGGCAGGUUGCUUGAUCGGGUUGAUGAAUUGAGCAAUGUUUCGCAACUUAGGGAUACACGCAUUACUUUUGAGGAGUUCAAAAAUUUUGCAGAGCUACGCCAAAAACUGAAGCCAUUUUCUUUGGCCCUUUUCACUUUUGGAGAAGUGAAUGGCCUGUUAAGAAGAAAUGACUUUCAACGAGCUGCCUCACAUGUGUGCGAUGUAGCCCUCUCUGAUAAUGUGGUUGAAAUCAUUUUCCAAGUGUUUGACACAAACAGUGAUGGAAGUUUAAGCUACGAUGAGUUUGUAAGAGUUUUAUGCAAUAGGGAAAGGGAUAUUGCUCAACGUGUGGCGGAAGGAAUUCCGGGCUUUUUUUCUUGUUGCCAGAACAGUGCAAAUAAUUGCUCCCCUUCGCAGGUUCUUUCUUGAUGCAUGCAUGCAUGCUGUGUUUGGGUGCAGUUUACUCAAUUGUCAAUAAUCCUUCUGAUAGCUUGAAGGAUCACGUGUUGUAAAUAGAUGAUUUAUAUUAUUAGUGUUGACAGUCUUCAACUCAAUAUCUACCUGGGUGAGCCUUGAAGGAUGCCUUCUGAUAGCUGGAAGGCUCGAGGUUGUUGCAAAUCAAAACAGGUAGGAGAUGACUAAAUUCUUAGGAAUUGUUUGGAUCAGACUAUGAACUCUUAACAAUGGAAGUAUGAAACAUUUUGUAUCACAAAGUACAGUCUUUUUUUUUUUUUUUUUUAAAUGAUAUAACUCCUUGUAUUGCAACGAAAGGGCGAGACCGAACUUUUUCAAUAAGAAUUGUUCGAAUGUAGGAUGAGGUUAUGCAUUUCA